CCAUAAGGGGGUCCUCAGCAGAGUAUUCUCUUGUAAGUUCUGUCUUGCUCUGUUCUACUCCUAGUCUGAUUUUUUCGAGGCUAGCAGUCGCCCUGGACUUCCUCAUGAUUGGUUUUUUGGGUGUCGAUUUGCAAGGGUGGGAGUUGUCCCGCUUACUGUCUUGGGACUUGUUUGGAGGUGUGAUGUUUAGGUAUUUGCUGAAUAUCUCAGUCUAAAUCAUAUGGAGAUUAUUCCACCUGAAAAACAUAAAAGCUCCAAAGGUUUUUAUUUACCACAUUUUGCUGUGGUGCGCAACGAUAGAAGUACAACAAAAGUACGUAUUGUCUUUGACGCAUCGUGCCCAGGAUCCAACGGUGUUUCUUUAAAUCAAGACUUAUUGGUUGGUCCCACAUUACAGGAUGACUUGAGACAUAUUUUAAUGAGAUGGCGGGCACAUCCUGUAUGUAUUUCUUCUGAUAUUGUGAAGAUGUAUCGUCAAGUUCGUGUAUCUUCAGAAGAUGUUGAUUUUCAGCGUAUUCUUUGGCGUGAAAAUUCUGCUUCUGAGGUACAACAUUAUCGACUUUUGACAGUUACAUUUGGUACAUCGUCAGCUCCAUAUUUAGCAAUUCGCUCAUUACGUCAAGUAGCUUAUGACGAGGGUGUUCAUUUCCCAAUAGCUGCAAAAAAAGUGUUGUCAGACUUUUAUGUUGAUGAUUUGAUGUCAGGAUGUGAAAAUUUUAUAGAAGGUCAACAGCUAUAUACUGAAAUGAAACAAUUGCUUAGAAAAGGAGGGUUUGAAUUACAAAAGUGGACAAGCAAUGAUAAAAAUCUAAUGAAGUGGAUAGAAAACGAAGAAAAACUUGGAGAUAAAAGUAUGAAAGAGCAAAUAAAAGAUAAUAGAAACAGUGAAGACAAUGAUAAUAAAAUUGCAGAGGAAGAGUCUAAGACAGAGACACCAAAGUUUGUUGAUAAAUCUGAUUCGAUUACUAAAAUAUUGGGUCUUACGUGGGACAAAUGUAACGAUACAUUUAAAUAUUUAGUGCAGUUGCCGACAAUUGAAGAGCCAAUCACGAAACGGAAAGUGAUCUCAGAUAUAUCACGUCUCUAUGAUCCAUUAGGUUGGCUUGCUCCAAUUGUAAUAAAAGCUAAGAUUUUUAUUCAAAAACUAUGGACAUCAGGUUUGAAAUGGGAUGAAAAACUUACGCCUCAAUUACUAACCGAAUGGGUCGCAUAUAGAAACGAGCUUUUAUUAAUAAAAAGUUUCGAGAUACCCCGAUGGAUGAACACUCGAAAGGAUGAUACUUCUGUUCAGCUUCAUGGAUUUUGCGAUGCAUCGAGUGAAGCAUAUGCCGCAGUUGUCUAUAUCCGUGUUAUUGAUAAAUGUAGUAAUAUUAAUGUAAACCUUGUUACUUCUAAAACAAAAGUAGCUCCUAUCAAACAACUGUCAAUACCCCGAUUAGAACUUUGUGGGGCAACACUACUUUCUAAAUUAUUAAUAGAGGUAGCUGAUACUUUAGGUAUUCCAAAGCAACACAUUCAUGCGUGGAGUGAUUCUUCAGUUGUACUUGCAUGGCUUAGUAGCCAUCCAAGCCGGUGGAAAGUAUUCGUCGCUAACCGUGUAGCAGAGAUUUUAGGAAGUUUAGACAGAUCUCAAUGGUCUCAUGUCCAAUCAAAAUAUAAUCCUGCGGAUAUUGCAUCGCGUGGAAUUAUGCCGUCUGACAUUUCAAAAAUGAGACUGUGGAAGCAGAGACCAGAUUUUUUGAGAAAGGUAGUCAUAAAUUACAAUGGAGAUGAUAUAACAUAUGAUACAAAUACAGAAGAAAAAGAUUUUUAG